GGCUUACAUUACGAGGAAUUAAGGAAAAUAAAUUGCACAAAUUGGCAAAAAACGCAUUAUUGUUAAAAUAAAGCCUCGUUAAUUUAACAGAAUUUCCCCUGAACUAUAUGUUCCGCCUUCGCCGCUGGGAUGGGUCAUAUCGUACAUAUAUCGGCCGAGUGAUUAUCCUGGCCAGAGUGCGUCACUUUGUCAUUUGGGUAUCUGUCACCUUACGCCGCAGGCUAAUCCAAUAAAAAAGCUGCUAACCAUUUCAGAGAGCCGCGCUGCGCGACGCCCAAAAGCGAAAUAAAAAUACGAAACCAAACCAAACAAAAUAGCCACAACAGUAGAGCUGAGCUAGCGCUGGGAAAACCUCUUGGUCGACAACGUGGAACCCGAUUUCGGUUUCAGUCGAGAGUCAGCCUUCAGCAGAGCGCCACAGCGAGCAUUAGCUGCCCCCCAGUUUCGUUUCGGCGUCCGUAUCUCAUUUGGUUUUCACUUACGUUUCACGGCUUUUGUUGGCACGCCCGCGCUACUUAAUCCGCAGAUAUAUCCAGCAGUAAUCGGGCCAAAUGCCGUACAUAAUCAUACGGGGGAAUCUAGCCUCCUACAGCCACAAAUAUCCAUGGAGGGUGCUCGUCUCCGGGUUGAAAGCUGACGACAUCGAGCAGUUGAACAAGUUCUCCUGCGGCGGCUACAGCGACGAAUCCACCAUCGUCUACCUAGUCCAUCCUUGUCGGAUUUUAUCGGCGCUAGAAAUCCUGGGAUUUCGCGUAGUGGCCAGCUCAUCGACUGCCGUGAAGCAGGACUACAACGAGUACAUGUGGACGAUGCGCAAGGAGUUCGACGAACCAGAACCCUUGGAAGCCGAGUCCGUGGUGCGAGAGAAUCUAUCGAAUAUUGGCCGCGAGGCAGCCAGUUUAGGCAACUAUCACAAGGUGGAUUCGCCUGAAUAGAGACGCAUCCAAUCCAAAACAAACAAAAAAAAGAGCAGCAAUCAACCAAGAACUCUACUCUAGUUGUAAAAUUUAGUGUGUGUGAAUUGUGUGCGUGUUUCG